UUGGUUACAGGAUGGCAGACAAAUGUAUCUUUUGCAAUGAUGCAUCUUUUGAUUCAUCUUUUCCAAAGUGCAAGUUACCGUCAUAUAACCUUUCAGUUUGCCAAGUUACCAGUGCGCCGACGAUGCCCCACCAAGAACAAGUGCUCGUGCACGGGAACCUCUGCGCCCCGGGUCCUCCCAACAACUCCGGGUACAACACCAACCCGGUACCGGUCAUCAUUCAGACAGAAUCCCGGGACAAAUGGACCAAAAAAAUGGAUUUUCUGUUAUCGGUCAUUGGGUUCGCGGUGGACCUUGGAAAUGUCUGGAGAUUUCCAUAUAUCUGUUAUCAAAACGGCGGCGGGGCUUUUCUUAUUCCUUACCUUUUGAUGGCUAUAUUUGGUGGAGUGCCACUUUUCUACAUGGAGUUAGCUCUGGGACAGUUCCACAGAACAGGUGCCAUAUCCAUAUGGAAACACAUUUGCCCUAUUUUUAAAGGCAUUGGUUUCUCCAUCUGCAUCAUUGCCCUGUAUGUAUCCUUCUACUAUAACACCAUCAUCGCCUGGGCUCUGUUCUACUUUUACUCCUCAUUCAGCAGCACACUGCCCUGGACCAACUGUGAUAAUGAAUGGAACACAGAAAACUGCACCAAUUACUUUGGAAAAGACAAUGUGACCUGGACGAACUACUCACGCUCACCCGCCGAGGAGUUUUACACGAGGAACGUCUUGGCGGUCCAUGAAUCGUCUGGGCUUGACGAUGUGGGAUACAUUCGUUGGCAGCUCAUGUUGUGCCUCUUCCUCAUCUUCACCAUCGUCUACUUCAGCCUGUGGAAAGGAGUCAAAACAUCAGGAAAGGUGGUAUGGGUGACUGCCACCCUGCCGUACGUGGUGCUAUUGAUCCUGAUGGUUCGUGGUGCCACUUUGCCAGGAGCGUGGCAGGGAGUGGUGUUCUAUCUCAAUCCCAAAUGGGAGAAAUUAAAGGAGACCAGUGUUUGGGUGGAUGCGGCAGCUCAAAUCUUUUUCUCUCUUGGUCCUGGCUUCGGUGUGCUGCUUGCCCUUUCAAGCUACAACCCCUUUAACAAUAACUGCUACAGAGACGCCAUCGUAACCAGUCUGGUAAACUGCCUGACGAGUUUUUUGUCCGGAUUUGUUAUUUUUACUGUUCUGGGAUAUAUGGCCGAACAGAGAAAUAUAAACAUUGAGGAUGUAGCCAGGGACAAAGGUCCGAGCCUGCUCUUCAUCACAUAUCCUGAGGCCAUCGCAAACAUGGUUGGCUCAACUUUCUUCGCGAUUAUCUUUUUUGCGAUGAUGAUUACAUUAGGACUGGACAGCACUUUUGGUGGGCUAGAAGCCAUAAUUACAGCUGUGAUGGACGAAUAUCCAGAUGUCCUGUCCCAACGGCGAGAGCUGUUGGUUCUCGCUCUGGUCGUUGUUUGCUUUCUGGGCUCUCUCAGCACCCUUACGAAAGGUGGUGCAUAUGUGGUAAAGUUACUAGAAGAAUUUGGAGUUGGGUCUUCAAUUAUAGCUAUUGUCUUUUUGGAGGCCACUGCAGUAUCCUGGUUUUAUGGUGUUAACAGAUUCAGCAAUGAUGUCAAAGCAAUGCUGGGCUUUACCCCAGGACUGUUCUGGAGAUUGUGUUGGGUUGCUAUCAGUCCAGCAUUUCUGGGUUACAUUAUUAUCAGCUCACUGUUGAACCCUCAGCCCCUCUCACUAUUCGACUAUGAGUUCCCAGACUGGAGUAUCACAACAGGAUACUUCAUUGGAGCUUCAUCCUUCAUGUGGAUCCCCAUAUACAUGGUGUACAAGCUUGUGUGGACCCCAGGUUCGCUUAAACAGCGGCUUGCUGUUUGUCUGCGACCAGAAAGAACUCUACCAGACAUCCAUCCUGACAGCAUGGGUUUAAGUCCUGUUCCUUAGACCCUCUUCCAGCCACCGAGACCAAAACAACUAAACACAAUCCACAAACAACACUUAUCUUGAGUUACUUCUGUUCAAAAAGGAAACUAAGAAUUUAUAAAGGGAAAGGGCAACUUUUGCAUACAUUUGUAAGAAAUAUAACCUACAAUUGAAUUGACUCUGAAUAAUAAAAAAAAACAAUGUUCGUUAUAAAUGAUGAUUAAUCAUGCUGUGCAAUCUAACUAAAAUGUUGAUGUUCUUUCUUUCAUUUUAAGGUUUAAGAUGUAUAACAGUUCUGUGGUAUUUGUUUAUGUUGUAAGUCAUAUAAAUAUAUAUAAUAUAUAUAUAUAUAUAUUCUCCACUAAACACUUUUUGAGAAACAUGCAAGAGAUAUCUGCGAGAUUACCUCAUCGUGAGACAUUCAGCCAAUGAGAACCGAGAACUUCAUAUUUCGUUCUCACUCAUUUUUCAGAAAUAGCUGUUGUAAAGAUUGAAACAUUAUGGUGUGUUCUGCCUUAACUCAGCCUAAUUAUUGUAGCUAAUUUAUGUCAAAACUUUGUAUCAUCUUUAUUGAUAUUGUGCCUCACCAUGUUAAAAGUAAAAAAGGGAAUAUCUUCUGUUCCUGCUUUGGAACUUAAAAUACAUGACUGUUUCUCAUUCUCUGACAGAACUUGAGACCAAAUUCUAACUAUGUUAUGUGUAAGUGCUAAAUCUUCCCACAAAUUUUCCAAAUAAAGA